AUGUCUGGCCCUAACGGCACGAUCAAUGUUCGGAGGAGCACGAAGAAAGCCUACCAGGCCGAAGUGGCAAACGUGGAACUCGCUGAGGCCGCGUUGGCCUCCGCCGAGCUCGCCAAGAUAAGAAAACAGGGCGCGCCCGCUGAGCUCGUAGCGCGCCCCAGGAGGCCAGAGAAGGGCGACAGCCGUGUGCAGGAGUACGGCGGCCGCAUGACUUUCUCCGUCGUGGUGACCUCCCUCAUGGCCGCCUCUUGCGGCCUCAUCUUCGGCUAUGACUCUGGCGUCACAGGUGGCGUGACACAAAUGGAAUCGUUCCUGAGCAAGUUCUUCCCGGAAGUGCAGAGCAGAAUGAAGAGCCCGAAGCGUGACGCAUACUGCAAGUACGACAACCAGUGGCUCACCGCCUUUACAUCGUCCUUGUUCAUCGCCGGCACUCUAUCAUCGUUGGUGGCGAGCCGAGUCACGAGGAGUGUGGGCCGCCAGGCAAUCAUGCUGAUUGGCGGUGUCAUGUUCCUUGCCGGCUCGAUCAUCAACGCCGCGGCCGUCAACAUCGCCAUGCUCAUCAUCGGCCGGAUUCUACUCGGUUUUGGUCUUGGGUUCACAUUACAGGCAGCUCCUGUGUACCUCUCUGAGACAGCGCCGGCGCGGUGGCGAGGCGCAUUCACGUCGUCGUACAACACGUUCGUCGUCAUCGGCAUACUGUCCGCUACCAUCACCAACUACUUCACCAACCGCAUCCCUGGCUGGGGAUGGCGCCUCUCCCUCGGCCUAGCAGCCGUUCCGGGCGUCAUCAUCGUCGUGGGAGCCUUCUUCAUCCCGGACACCCCCAGCAGCCUCGUCCUGCGAGGCCAGCCCGACCGAGCCCGCGCGGCGCUGCAGCGUAUCCGCGGAGAUGGCACCAACAUCGAUGCCGAGUUCAAGGACAUCGUCCGCGCCGUGGACGAGGCACGCCGGAACAACGUCGGCUCUUUCCGGAGGCUAUUCAGCAAGCAGUACCGGCACUACCUGGCCGUGGGGCUGGCCAUACCCAUCUUCUUCGAGUUCACCGGCAUGAUCGUCAUCGCCGUAUUCUCGCCUGUGCUGUUCCGCACGGUGGGGUUCAACAGCCAGAAGGCCAUACUUGGUUCUGUGAUAAACAGCAUGACAAACUUGGUAGCCACAGUUCUGUCCACCUUCGUUAUGGACCGCACCGGCCGUAGGUUCCUGCUCAUCGUUGGGGGCAUCGGCAUGAUGUUCUGCGAGGUGGCCAUCUCAUGGGUGAUGGCGGGCCAUCUCGGGAAGCACCAAGGGGUGACGAUGCCGCAUGGCUACGCGACCGCUGUGCUGGUCCUCAUCUGCCUCUGCACGUUCAGCUUCGGUGUGUCGUGGGCACCGCUCAGAUGGGUGGUGCCGAGCGAGAUCUACCCGGUGGAGAUCAGGUCGGCCGGGCAGGCCAUGAGCAUCUCUGUCGCACUGUGUCUCUCCUUCGUGGAGUUGCAGGUGUUCAUCGCGUUGCUCUGCGGCAUGAAGUUUGUCAAGCAGGAUGCCAACCAUGAAAGCCAAAUCACCAGGUCGAGCACGACCAUGGAUGGCAUCCAGGAGAUGAUUGAGAAGCUUGGUUUGAAGGAGGAUGACUUGGAUGAUGUUAUGUUUGAGGAGGAAGAGGCGCCGACGGAGACUGAUGUUAGAUGGAUGGCCAUAGCCUAUGUCCACAAGGAGAAGACAUAUAGUUAG